AAAAAGUACUCCAAACUUCGCAUAUGGCAAUUUGCGGAGUACAGCAAGAUGAUAUACUUGGAAGGAGACGUUCAGGUGUACUCCAACAUUGACGAUCUUUUUGACUUUAAUGACGGCUACAUCUACGCCCCACGCCAGCCAUGGCCGGAAUUUCUCAUGUGGCCUACGGAGUUCGGUACUCCAAAACCUUCCUACUACUUUAAUGCCAGCAUGUUUGUCUUUGAACCAGGAGCCCCCAUCUUCAAUGAUCUGUUGGUUCUAUUGAAUAUAAUCACAAGCAUCCCUCUUAUCCCUUUGGACGCCCAGCUGCAUGUUCUGAUUCUUCUAAAUAAGUUCUUCUGGAAGAAGUUAAUGGGACUGCCAGAACAUAACUACAUGGCGUUGACGAUGCUGCAGAACCAUAACGAGAGUGUUGAUCUGAACGACGUAAAGGUGAUACACUAUUGCUCUCCUGAGUUGAGGCCCUGGAGGUUUACACCUGAAAGGGUGAACGUGGACGUUGAACUUGUGAAUAAGCUGAAGGAAAAGUGGCUGUGUAUUUGCCAGGAUGAGUCGCUUAAACCGAACAAGAAACAAAAAUCACUGGAGAUUAAGACAGAAAUCAAAAGGUCAACUGGUCAAGAGAAGUAGCAUUCUUUCGGGCAAAAGAGUCAAGAAGAUCAAAAUUUCCAAGCUUUCCCUAUAUAGAAAUAUACGCGACUUUUAUAUAUAUAUAUAUAUAUAUAUAUAUAUAUCAGUGAAAAUAAUUAUCUAUAUAUAAUUGUAUGCCCUAUGACAUGCUGUAGAAUAAAUUGAGAAAUGAAAA